AGGGGAGGGAGAAACCGGUCCGGGUCUGGCCGCUGCCGCUGCUCGCCCGAGGUCUCCAGGCCGGGCUGCGCCUCAGUCGUCGGCUCCGGAGCAUCGUCUGCGAAGCUCCGCCGGGCCAGCGUGGGAGAGCCGCGGGCGGCGGCUGCCGCAUCAUGUCAGCCAAGGACGAGCGUGCCCGGGAGAUCCUGAGGGGCUUCAAACUAAAUUGGAUGAACCUUCGGGAUGCUGAGACGGGGAAGAUACUCUGGCAAGGAACAGAAGACCUGUCUGUCCCUGGAGUGGAACACGAAGCCCGUGUUCCCAAGAAAAUUCUCAAGUGCAAGGCAGUAUCUCGAGAAUUGAACUUCUCUUCAGCAGAGCAAAUGGAAAAAUUCCGCCUGGAACAAAAAGUUUACUUCAAAGGGCAGUGCCUGGAAGAAUGGUUCUUCGAGUUUGGCUUUGUGAUCCCUAAUUCCACAAACACCUGGCAGUCCCUGAUAGAGGCCGCACCUGAGUCCCAGAUGAUGCCUGCCAGCGUGCUAACUGGGAAUGUUAUCAUAGAGACAAAGUUUUUUGACGACGAUCUUCUUGUAAGCACAUCCAGAGUGAGACUUUUCUACGUUUGAGAGAAGAAUGUAUGUACAUUUCAAGAAUUUGGGUUUUUUGGGGGGAAGGAGGAAACUGUGUACUUUUUUCCUCCACACAUUUAAUUUUGGCACUUCUACCCCGAUGCCCUCUACGACCAAACCUACCUGCGGCCACCAGGGGACCAGCUCUGUGUAUGUAACCAGAUGGCCUUCUUCCCUCAAGCAGCCAUCUUCGGCUGACCAGACUUAACUCCCCACCUCAGACCAGGGCAGAGGGCAUGCCUCGACUCUAUCCCAGGGUAAACGUGGGACAGACACACACAGGAACUGAUGCUGUUCCUGUCACUCCUUGCCUCCUCCUUGGGUCCUGCAGGAGACAUAGCUUCCUUUGGCCCCUGGCUUUGGAAAAUUCAUGUUCUUGACCCACGUUUAGUCUUUUCCUACCGUUUCUAUUUCAUACAUUCUCAUACAUUUAACUUGUAAAAUAGACUGUGAUAUUAUUAUGUAAUGAAUUGAAACAUAUGAAUUAAAAUA